ACCCCCGGGGGCCGGGGGGGUGCUGCCCUACACCCACCCCCGCCCCUGCCCCACAAAUGCCCAGCCCCAUCACCCCCAGCCCUAUAACUGCCCAGCCCUAUAACUGCCCAGCGCCAGAAUCCCCCCGCUCACUGCUCCGCGCUGCCCGGCUCCGGAUGCCGCCAGGAUGGCGCUGCUCCCCGUCGUGGCUCUCUGGGCUCUGUGCCCCCUCCUCACACGGGCAGACCGUUCUCCUGUCCCUGUCACCGUCACCGCGGCCAUCGGCGAGGACGCCUGCCUGCCCUGCGGCACCCAGCCCUGGGCCGACCUGCGCGGGGCCACCCUCAGCUGCACGCACCAGGCCGGUGGCCACCACGCUGUCCCCGUCCUUAGCCACCGCCUGGGCUCUCAGCCGCCGCCCCCCGCGCCGAGCUGGCAGCCGCCCGUGCAGCCCGACAGCCGCUUUAGGGGCAGGGUGGCUUUCUGCGCCGCGGGGACAGGCGACAGCGACAGCGACAGCGGCGUGUCGCUGCUGCUGAGGAACCUCAGCCAUCCCGACUUCGGGAAUUAUUCCUGCUACGCCUCCCGAGCCGCGGCCCCGCAGCUGCUCUGCUCGCUGGUGCUGCAGCCCGCGGUGGCAGGGGUCCCCGAGGCCGAGCCGGACAUGCUGAUGGUGAUUUGUGUCCUCACGGGCGCCUUCACCGCGGUGGCCAUCGGGGUCAUGGUGUGUGCCCGCUGCCAGGGGCACUGCUGGGGGCAAACAGCGCGGGGCCCGGCCCCGGAGCCCGGAGCUGCAGCAGAGGAAGGACAGGUGGCCUUGGGUGACAUGAAGAGUCUCAACACCUGAGGCCACCCCCAGCUGGGACAGGUCCAGGUGUGACACUGGAGCAGGACACGGCCCCGGCUGCCCCAAACGGGGGGGACAGGGCUGGGGCGAUGCUCUGGGGCAGGGGUGCAGGCGUGGGGGGGGCGGGAGGGGUUUUGGGGGGCUCUGCUCGGACCCCCAGGGAUGGGCAGGGGACAGCUCAGGGUCACCUCGCCCCCCCAGGGUCCCAUGGCUUGGGGGGGGACAAAUGCUGAGACCCCAAAUAAAGAGUGUUGCUCCAG